AUGGAGACGAGGGCUUGGCACCGCCUGCGGGCUGGGGGACACUGCCCCACUCCGGUCACUCGGGUCUCCCCAUUCCUGCACGAGUGUGACUUAGUGGGCCACUGGAAAAGGGUGGAGGUGGGCCAGGCAGCCCCCACCCGCCUCUCGUGCCCCCUUGUUAUGCCCCUGGCCCACUUACCGCCCGGCCACCUGCUCCUCACCUCCCAGAAUGAGCCCCCAGGCUGCCUGCCCCUGGGCCCUGCAGCCCCGCGGGGGGGUCCUCCUUCAUCGUCCUCUCUGUCUCUCCUAGUGCCGCCCUACACCAUCGUCUACUUCCCCGUCCGAGGGCGCUGCGAGGCCAUGCGCAUGCUGCUGGCUGACCAGGGCCAGAGCUGGAAGGAGGAGGUGGUGACCAAAGAGACCUGGCUGCAGGGCCCACUCAAGGCCUCCUGUCUGUACGGGCAGCUCCCCAAGUUCCAGGAUGGAGACCUCACUCUGUACCAGUCCAACGCCAUCCUGCGACACCUGGGCCGCUCCCUCGGGCUCUACGGCAGAGACCAGCGGGAGGCGGCGCUGGUGGACAUGGUCAACGAUGGUGUGGAGGACCUCCGGAAGCGCGGCAGCCACCUCAUCCGCCAUGACUAUGAGGAGGGCAAGGCCCGGUAUGUUCAGGAGCUGCCUGGGCACCUGAAGCCUUUUGAGACCCUGCUGGCUCAGAACCAGGGAGGCCAGGCCUUCAUCGUGGGUGACCAGAUCUCCUUCGCGGACUACAACCUGCUGGACUUGCUGCUGGUUCACCAGGUCCUCGCCCCUGGCUGCCUGGACUCCUUCCCCCUGCUCUCAGCCUACGUGGCCCGCCUCAGCGCCCGGCCCAAGCUCAAGGCCUUCCUGGCCUCCCCCGAGCAUGUGAACCGCCCUGUUUUUGGAAGCCGCAAGAUAUAAGCCUGCUCGGCCUCCUCGGGAGAGGGCUGCCCUUGGAAACCAAUAAACACAGUGAGAAG